CAGAGCUCAGCUUUGUUGGUAGUAACAUUUAGUUUUCCAACAUGGGAGUCUUGGCAUCUGCGAGUUUGUUGGCGCUGUUGCUAGCGGUGGAAGGUUUUAAGAUCAGCGUACCCGUACCUGAUCAGGACACCGUGCAAUCAAAGAUCUACAAGAAACAGGCGGCUUUACCACGUACCGAUGCGGUACCAUCAGCUGGCGCACCCGGUGCACCCGCCGCCGAAGACAGCGCCGCACAUAGCGCCUAUUCGCCCCUCGUCUACGACUACUCCACGCCGCAGCUGCACCGAUUCACGGCGCAGGACGGCAUCGGCAGCCCAACAUCCCUCAACGAUUACAGUCAGUACGAACGCCUGGCUGAGUACGAGGCUGAGCAUGCGCCCAGUUACAAAACCGCCGAGUAUCAGAACGACGAUGAGUUCGACGAUGAGGAGCAAUUCCUGCGCAACGAGGAGGGUUACACCCAUUAUAAGACCUCGUCGAACGUUGCCUUUGAAGGCCCCCAUCAAAUCGAGGAGAUCGAGACGAAGAGCUUCCACAAGGAGGUGCCCAAAUACGACGUCACUAACUUCCGCACGCACGAUAUGCCCAAGCAUCAUGGCAAGUCCAAGGAGGUACACUACCACCAGCACAAACACAUGCACAAGCACGAACACAAGCAAGAGCACGUGCAUCAGCACAAACAAGAGCACAAGCACGCCCAUGAGGAGCAUCAUAAGCACGGUCACGAGCAUAAACAGGAGCACAAGCAUGACCAUCACGAGGACCACAAGCACGGCCACGAGCACAAGUCCGAACACAAGCACGGCCACCACGAGGGCCACAAGCAUGGACAUGAGCAUAAGGAAGAACACAAACACGGCCACCACGCGUCCCACAAGCACGGACACCAUCACAAACAUCACCAGGACCACAAACACGACCAUCACCACGGCCACAAACACCACAGCGAGCACAAACACCACGAGGACCAUGGACACAAAGAGGACCACCACCACGGACACAAACACGAUCAUCAUGAGGACCACAAACACCACGAAGACCAUGGUCACAAACACGACCAUCAUCAUGGCCACAAACACGGUCAUAAGCAUGGUCACAAGGAGGAACACAAGCACGGACACAAGCAUUCCCAUCAUCACUCGAAACAUUAGAGCGACUCAUUCGUUCGGCGACCGCAUCCGAAACCAAAAAGGCGUGGGAACGAUACUCAUUGCAAUAGUCAUACUAUUAUCAUAUCCAGCCGAUGGGGGUUUCCUCAAUCCGCCUCACUCGUGGGUGGUGUUAAGUGCAUUUUAAUU